AUGUCAAACCAGUCUGGUAUCACCGCCAGCCAGGAUCUCCUCGAUCUGCUUGCCUCCACCGUCAGCGACGCGGCCUCUGGGCCUCUAGACCCCGUCGUCGCCGCAGAGAUCUCCCCCGACAACACGGCUGUGGUGCUUCACAAAACGUUCCCCGACCACACUCGGUUGCAAUCCUAUGUCAAGUCGCUAUCCUCACCCCUGUACAUCUUCGUCAAAAGCGGUCCGCAGCUCCAUUUUAUCGCGUACGUGCCGGAAGACGCACCCGUGCGCUCCAAAAUGCUGUACGCGUCCACCAAGAAUACGCUGUUGAGGCAAGUAGGCUCGAACCACAUCGCCAGAAACCUGCUGUUGAGCGUUCCUGAGGAAUUGGCCCCCGAGUCGUGGGAAACUGACGAUAACGACGCUGGUGCGGUAUUAACCGAGUCCGAGCGUGUCAACUUGAAAAUCGCACACCAACAACAGCGUGACGUGGUAAGAGGCGGGCGCCAGUUGGUAUCCCAAACCGGUGGCACUUCCCAAACCCUCAGUUUCAAGAUUUCCAGCAGCCAGCCUAUUCCCGAGCUAUUGCAAACACACAAUGUCGUCUCUUUUGUGAUAGAUUUGCAAAAGGAGCAAGUGGAGGUCCAGGAUACAGCCCAAAUCUCCCAAAAAUCUGAAUUGCCCGCCCUUAUCAACACCGAACACCCCAGUUACACCAUCUACGCCAGUAACGGUAACUACUACUUCAUUUACAGUUGCCCAUCGGGCAGCAAAGUGAAAGAGCGCAUGUUGUACGCAUCCAACAAAUCCGGGUUUGUAAAACACCUACUCGAACAUGAUCACUUGACCAUGCAAAAAAUUUUUGAAAUUGGUGACCCUGAAGAAUUGGAAUUGGCAGAAAUUGAGCCUGCUCCAGCGGUCGCAGAAUCAGCCAAUCCCUCUGCGGGGCAAUUGAAGUUCAACAGGCCAAAAAGACCCGGUAGAAGAUCUUAA